CACAACGCAGGGCACCCCAUCACUUCCGGGCUCGGAUAGGGGAAGCGCGAUAUCGACGGACAAAUUAAGAGCCGAUGGACGAAUUCACGUAAGACGGCCGCCUCAUCUCUCUCACGCAUCUUGAACGCAGCAGGCUUGACAGUCGCCUCCCCGCUGCCGUGACCGGGACAAACCACGGACAGCCUGCCGGGAGCCGGUAACGUUCACCGGGGUUUUAUUGCCACACAGUUCAACUGAAGCGCUCUAAAAGUAAGCAGGAAGAAAGAGACGGGAGCAGAAGAAAAGAGGAACCGACUGCUGCAGGAGUUUUCUCAUACCUCAGCCUCGUCCUCACUCUCUCCUCACUGCUCUUCGACGUCGUCACAGCUUCACCGUGAUGAAGCGGAAGGAGGAUCUGAACCCCAUUCUACUGCUCCUCUUCCACCUCAUGGUGUGGAUCUACACCUUCAUCACCUUCCUGCCUUGCUACGUCGCCAGCUGGGUCUCGGUGCCCGUCGCGGGGGUCUCCGGCACCGCUGAGGAGCGAGCCAAGAGGGCGAAAGCCCGCUCCGUGCUGGGAUGUCCCGAGGGACCCUACAGAGCGGUGAGUGCCACCAAGACGCUGGUGGCGUCGCUGCACCCGGGUGUGGACACCCUGGAUAAGAUGUUUGAACGCGCCGCCACGAGGUUCCCCUACAGGGACUGUCUCGGGACGAGGGAGGUGAUCAGUGAGGAGGACGAGCGACAGAGCAACGGGAAGGUGUUUAAGAAGGUAGUCCUGGGUGAGUACUCCUGGCGCUCCUACCAGGAGGCCUUCACAGCAGCGUCCCGGCUGGGCAGUGGCUUGGCGUCACUGGGCCAGCGGCCGAAAAACAACAUCGCCAUCUUCUGUGAGACGAGACCCGAGUGGCUCAUAGCGGCCCAAGCCUGCUUCAUGUACAACUUCCCACUGGCCACCCUUUACUCCACACUGGGAGGUCCGGCCAUCGCUCAUGGGCUGAAUGAGACUCAGGUCACACACAUCAUCACCAGCAGAGAGCUCCUGGAGACCAGACUCAAGUAUAUCCUUGUUGAAGUUCCGAGGUUGCAGCAUAUCAUUGUGGUGGACGACACACCAACCUCGUGGCCUGGGUAUCCACGUGGCAUCACCGUCCACAACAUGGCUGCUGUCCAGAAGCUGGGGGCCACACCUGAGAAUGCCGCACGUGAACGCAAGCAGCCGCUGCCCUCAGACAUCGCAGUCAUCAUGUACACCAGCGGAUCCACAGGCAUACCAAAGGGCGUCAUGAUCUCCCAUAGCAACCUGAUCGCUGGGAUCACAGGAAUGGCUGAGCGGAUACCUAAUCUUUGUGAGGAGGACACGUAUAUCGGCUACCUGCCUCUCGCCCACGUACUGGAGCUCAGUGCGGAGCUCGUAUGUAUUGCUCAUGGCUGUAGGAUCGGCUAUUCCUCACCUCAGACUCUUUCAGACCAGUCAACAAAGAUCAAGAAAGGAAGCAAGGGAGACACCAGCACCCUGCAGCCCACUCUGAUGGCAGCCGUUCCGGAGAUCAUGGAUCGCAUCUACAAGAACGUGAUGACCAAGGUUGAGGAGAUGAACUGCGUCCAGCGCACACUGUUCAUUCUGGCAUACAACUACAAGCUGGAGCAGCUUACCAAAGGACACAGCACACCUCUGUGUGAUAAGUUGGUGUUCAGGAAAGUUCGCUCUCUGCUGGGGGGUCGGACGCGAGUCCUGCUAUCCGGAGGAGCGCCGCUCUCCGCGGCCACACAGCGCUUCAUGAAUGUGUGUUUCUGCUGCCCAGUGGGUCAGGGGUAUGGCCUGACGGAGACGUGCGGAGCUGGAACCAUCAGCGAGCUGUGGGAUUACAGCACUGGGAGAGUGGGAGGGCCCCUGGUUUGCUGUGAGAUAAAGCUCAAAGACUGGGUGGAGGGUGUUUACCGUAGCACAGACAAGCCACAUCCCCGAGGAGAGAUUCUGAUUGGUGGACCCAAUGUAACCAUGGGAUACUACAAGAGCGAGGAUAAAAACCAGGAGGACUUCUUUGUUGACGAGAAUGGCCAGCGGUGGUUCUGCACAGGAGACGUGGGAGAGUUUCACAAAGACGGGUGCCUGAAGAUAAUCGAUCGUAAAAAAGACUUGGUGAAGCUGCAGGCGGGUGAGUACGUCUCCCUGGGGAAGGUGGAGGCCAUGUUGAAGAACUGCCCGCUGCUCGACAACAUCUGUGCCUACGCCAACAGUGACGAGACGUAUGUGAUCAGCUUCGUGGUGCCCAAUCAGAAGCAUCUGCUGGCUCUGGCUGAGCAGUACGGUGUCCGGGGCUCGUGGGAGGAGCUGUGCAACAGCAAGGCCAUGGAAGAGCUGGUUCUCAAGGUCAUCACUGAGGCGGCCCUCGCGGCCCAGCUAGAGCGCUUUGAGAUUCCACGCAAGAUCUGUCUGAGUCCGGACCCUUGGACUCCGGAGACGGGAUUAGUGACCGACGCAUUCAAGCUCAAGCGCAAGGAGCUGAAAACACGCUACCAGGACGACAUUGAGAGAAUGUAUGGUGGAAAAUAACAGCAAUUACGGGAGACGUCAUUGUUCACUCUCAAAGCUCAGACCAACACUCGACUGAGAAACCCAGUGCCCUCUCACUCCUCCCCUCGCUUUUCUGCUCCCAUCAGUCAAAGAGCCCCACCCCCCCCCAAAAAAAAAAACGGGCUGGAAAGUGUUUAAAAGAAAAAAAAUAUUCCUAUCUGCUGCUGCAUUUCCCCUUUUUCUUAUCCAGGUGUAUGACCUCUGUGUGCAGAUGUUAUUGGUCCAGAUGUGAGUAAUGAAACAGAUCGUGCGUUAGCUGCUGUCGUCUGUUGAACUCCUGGCCAGUGCCGCAGGUUGGACAGGUCUGUUGCUUUCUUCUCAUCCAUGACACGGGAUUUUUUUCCCCAUAAUUUAUUUUCAUUUCCAAAUUCUUUUGGUUUUUUACAUUCUUUCUCCCAACUCUCCUUUAUUUAACAGUCUUUCCUGCAGGUAAGGAGACGGUUAACGCUUUUGUUUGUUUGUUUUUUCUUUUUCUUUUUUGUCUUUUACAUGUUUUGAGUUCUGUCAAAAGGUUUAUUUUUUCUGCCACCCACCGUAACACUUUGACUCUCAUGCUCGUGGGACGUCUCUCACAUUAGCACAUCUUGAUACCAAAAGCACUAAAGUCAUUUGAGGGCAAAUGAGAGCAGCCUAGUAAAAAUACCGAGGCCAUAUCUGGAUUUAGUGUUCUCUUUAGGAUAAUGAGAAAAAUUGCAUCCUGUCCUGUCGGCUUAUUUUGGGAGCAAAAGUAGUUGUUUAGUUUACUGAAUUUUCCUACAACGAUAAGAUUGUACUUUGGAAAAUGCACUUUUACUUUCUUGUUUGACAGAUGAAAUCAUUGUGUAAUCAUUGUCAUCUUUGAUAAAUCAUAGUGCAAUAUGAACAUUUAUAAUUUCUGCAGAGUGGGGUGUAAAUAAAACCUCCUCGGAGUGGAAAAAUGAUCAUCACACUCAACUUGAGCAACGUCAGUGUGUUUUGCUCACAAUUUGUUUCGCAGGACUGUCAUCACCAGUUUAAAGCCUUGUUAAAUAUUUUUGUCGUCUUCGUGAGUAUGACGGAGUGUGGGAACACACACAAAGCACAAACGUGGCCCCGGCAUCGCUCGCGGCGUGGCACCCGUUGCCUUUUUUUCUUUUGAUUCUGAGCCUUUCUAAUUCCUGACUCACUUUGACGUUCCUCAUUAAGUGUAUAUAGAAAUAUUCUCCAUGUGUAGUGUGUGUGGAGCGGUGAUCAGCAGAGCAAACACGCGCAUCCUCUGUGUUAACUGAAACUUUAUGACUGUGGACAGUUUUUAAAGCUCCUCUCUCGCUCUCUGAAUCGAGAGCCCCGCAUUGUAACAUAAGUGAAUCCAACUAUUUAUUUGUAAUUUGCCUUUGUAAAAUACUCAGAUGAAGAAAAUAAAAACAUUGAGUUUGGUCUACA